AUGAACACGUUUCUAUUCAACGCCGUUAUGGUCAUCCUCUUGACAGCAAAGCUCGGACAAAAUUUUCCUAUCAUUAAUCAGAAACUUCCGUCCACCUAUGAUGAUACAGAAUGUCCCCCCGGAUUCUUGCCGUGCGUUUCAGAAAACAAAGGGAAGGUUUCUGAUGCAAGUUCAGUCGAGGCAUCUACCCUGACAGGAUUACCUUCUAAUACAACUGAACAGCAAAAGACACCCGAGGCCCCUUCAGUAGGAAGUAUGGGAGAAACAGGGAACUCAGAGACCAAGAGCUUGCAGCAUGGUAACCACUUAUGUCCCCCAGGAGUCUGGGUUUGUUGAGCAAAGUGUGCAGUCAGAGGACCAUCGCAACUAACCUUUUCGUAAUCAGAUGUGGUGGAAUUAAAGGCGUGUUAUUUGUAAGAGUAGGAAACCGAAGGACUUCAUGUUAUUUUGUUACUUGUUGUUGGAAUGCUCGUUUGCCAGAUGCGAAUUUUCGCAACGAGUAGGUAACGGCUUUGGUCGUAAAAAUGUGUCAUUCAUUUGAAGUCACAUGAGUAGAGGAGUGAUAUAUUUCUUAGUAGUAUUAAGAGGUGUUGCACGUAUCUAUUUGUUCAUGUGUUUUCUGAGUUCUGUUUUAUCCCGUUGCAGAAGUUGUGUUCGCGCGCAAACUUUUGACAAUUUAUUAGCGACAUUAGGCAUGUGGUAAUUAAUAGUAUGUGGCAGCAGUAUUUAUUUAUUUAUUAUUAUUUUUUUUUUUUGCAAUCUCUCAAUUAAGUUUCAACCACUUAGUUGACUGGAAUGUUUCACAUACAAUUGUGACAGCUAGGAGUUGAGAAAGUGGAUAAGUGAAAUACUUCUGUAGAUCUUGAGGUAAAACGGGCGAGUUGCAACGGGCGCUUGUGAGAGAAGGCGCGCGAGUAACGCGCAAGGUGACCUCGCGAUGACUAUUACGUAACAUAAUAUAGAUUUCAUCUUCAUUUUUCUUGGCCAAUCCCGUUCCUAAGGAGCCAACGAAGCAUAAAGCUCAACUCCAAAGGUGCAAUUCAAAUUAGGAGAAACAUUUCCAAAGUAUGGCUUAUUCGAAGAUUCUCUUAAUAAUAAAACAGUUCUAGUUUAGUGAAACAAUGCGAUAAUUGUCAAAGCAAAGUGAUUUUCAAAAUCGAGACGCCGACGUUGUUAAACAAGGUCUCCGUGACUUUACUGGAUGUUAUCUUUGGUAGUGUCUGAAUAUAUUAUCUUGUUGUAGACGAAUUGGUCUGAAAAAAUAAAAUGCUUAUCCUUUUUAUGCCUGUGAACAUGAAUUUAGAAUCGAACAAAUGAGGCCACCCCAAAAGUUGAUCUUGUUUUUUUCCGAAAAUUCCCACAUUUUGCCAUCGGAUUGACCAGACGUAGGACGUUUCAUCUGUUUUACCCACUGAAAUUCUAGUGAGGCAAAAACAGCAGGACUCAGUUUCAAUAUCAGCGGUCAUAAUACGGAGAUCAGUCUGAUUUGAGAUCAAUUUGGAAACGAUAUGUCGAUGAUAUCCGGAAAUGAAGCGGAAUGCCUUCUUAUCGCACUUAAAUACAGUAGAGCCGUCUAUCCAAUUCACCCUUGAGCGUGAAAAAGAAUAGACAUUUUCCCCUUUUUUAUCUAAAUGUGUACAGAGGGAAACAGGGGAAUUUAGGGACAAGUGUCUAUCGUAAACCUACCCACAUCGACAAAUAUCUCGCUUUCGAUUCUCAACACCCUAUUUGCCAUAAAAAGUCUGUAGCCAAAACUUUAAUCAGGAGAGCUGACUGUCUAUCAUCUUCACUCGAUUCGAAGGCUGAGGAGAGGAAAGAUGUUUCUAAUGUCCUAAAGGCGAAUGGCUAUGCCAAAACUUUUCUCCGUAACUGCCGAAAACCAGUUACAACUAGUAGCACUCCUGAUAAGAGGGAACCAGCUACUGGUUUUGCUGUUAUUCCCUACAUUCAAGGUGUUACGGAACCCAUCGGGAGAAUUUUGAAAAGCCACAACGUUAAAGUUGCUCAAGAGCCUUUUCAGAAUUUGGGGUAUACUUUUGUCAAACCUAAGGAUCCUGUCACGAAAGAACAACGAACCGACGCUAUUUAUUCUAUUCCUUGUAAUGACUGUGAUAACGAGUACAUCGGACAGACCAAACGUCAGUUUGGUACACGUUUGAAAGAGCAUCAAAAAGUGGUCUUCUUUUACAAAAAAAAAUUCAGCUUCAUCAGAACACACAUGCCUAACCAGCCAUACAAUUAGGUGGGAUAAGUCUAAAAUUAUAAAAUUAGAAAGGACCUCUUGUUGUAGCGUUUAGAUCACCCCUGAUGAAGGCUCUAGACAGUAGUGUCGAAACUUUGGGUCUAUGCCGGAAUUGUAACUUCUCGGUUACAUUCAUUAUAUCUUUAAACCAGAGUAGCAUCAAACAAUGUCUGAUUGUCCACCUGGUCGCCAUGUGAACUUUAGCGCUGUAGCUGCACAAUCUCCGUUUAUUCAUUGCAUGUCUUACCUGGCAGAUAAUCAAAAGACACCUGACAUCAAAGAAAAUCAGCCGGAAAGCAAGACUUCCCAUUCCAGGUCUAAAAUGGCAACGAGUCAUAUGUCUGAGGACAUUAAAAGUGGAUUAACUCACAAAGAAAUGAGCAGACUCUAAAUCAUCCUUGAAACUUGACAUCGUUGAACGAAAGAUGGAAACAAGUUACUUUUUCUCAUAUUUCUUUUCUUAUAUUUGAUUCUUACUUCAUACUUAAUUUUUUGUCUUCUUCGCCGCUCCUCGAAUAACAAUUGCAGUGCAACUCAUGGCACGCAAUAAGUAAAUCACGCGAUGCCGACGGAAGAAUUAUUUUAUAUAUCUGUUUAUUUAACGUAUUAUUGUAAUCAAUAAGCGUUUUCUGUUCAAUCCAUGGCAUGGUAUCAGUAAAUCACGUGAAUUAGAUAGGAUAGCGUGAUUUCCCAAUCCAAUCGUAAUCCUCUUAUAACAGUACUCAUGAUGGGCCACGAAAGGAGAUUUAUUGCCGCAAUAAUAAUUGGGAAAACAAGUAUCAAGGAGUUGUGUUUGCAGCCAGAUGGCUGCAAGUGUUCACUUAGCGUCAGAAGAACGUUACAAUACAAAAGGAAUUUAAAUCAAAAUGUUCAGUGACUUUCCUUUCUAUGAGUAAACUCUGAAAUAUUUGAAUGAAUCGGCGGCUAGUUGACAAUUGAUCACAAUCACCUUACAGUUAUAUAUAUAUGUAAACUGUAAUAAAUAUUCUGUCUGGAUAUCCUAGAAUUAAUAAGAGGGAGGCUGAUUUACCGCAACUCUGGUGAGUUUUCCCCUUGAAUAACGUCGUAUAAUGAAAGGUCUCAAAGACCCCGGCGGCACACCCUCAUCCGAGCGUCCUUUAGGUGUUACCCAAUCCUCAACCCCCCUUUUGCAGGAGUCGCAUGCAAAGAAAGCAAGUAUGGGAAUCCACACAGGGUCUUUACGAAGCUAGUAACUUAGGCAUUCUGUUCCACAACUGUAGAUCCUGUCGGAAACCCUCUUCGAAAAAGUUUGUUUUUAUAAUUGAUCAUUUCUUUUAUGUCGUUAUGCAGGAAAUAUAAUCCACUUGGGCAGCCAUGUUUCGAUUCGUGUUCAGUAAAAGAGGAAAAGGGAACAUCUCUCAACCAACAAAAACACACCGAACCACGGAAAACUUUGAUAUGCCAUCUACUUGGCUUGAAAAGGGAUUGUCGCUGCUAGAGGAAGAAAAGAGAUAUUCGAAAACGAUGGAAAAAUGCCAGAAAGUUCUUAAGGUAGGCAAUGUUGAAGUGACGAACUCUUGGGCUGAUCAAUGGCUCAAGCACGUCCUUCUUUCCUCACACAUUUAAGAGAAAAAGUUUCCUGGGUUAGGUGGCGAUAACAUCUUCGUGUUAGAGGGACUAAUUUUACCAUCUACUCAUUUUAGCAAGGGGUAUGCGAUUCUUUUUUGUUUCAUUCCGGCAACUGGGGAGCGUUGUAGCCCGGCAACCAUGGUUUCUGAUCUAUUUCAAGGGAAUUAUUUAAUUGGAGGAUCUCAAAGGGGUCAUCAUUCUUCAUAAAAAAAAGUGUAAAAGAUGUUCAGUGUAGGAUUUCAAAGGUUCAAGGCAGACGUUGCGAUUUACUUGCACGAUAAGGGCUGUAUCCCGAAUAAAGUUUCAUCAGCUGACAGGGUUGAGAAAGAAAAGGAAGUUUCUUUGAGCUUUGUGAAAAUCGUCGCAAAUAAAGAACGGAUUUGUUGCGUGGCACCAAGGUAUGAAUUUUUCCCUUUAAGGUUGUGCUCGCUGCUUAAAACUAUUGUCAGUUAAAAGCUUUCACUGAAAUAGAGAAGGAGGAAAAAAAGAAAGAAAAUCUUGUUCAUCAACUGCAAGUGAAAUCUUUCCUAGAAGUGCAAAUCUUCAGGAGCUUUACAAACUGACGAGAUUCGAUAACCUGUGAUAUUUUGUUAGACGCAAGUCGAGCCAUGGAAGAAAUCGAAUUAUUUUCGACUUCCUGAGACAAAAAGUAAUGAGUGCUAAAAGAGAACCAAAAGACAAGAAAUCAUUGAUAAAGUAUGGGGUUUGUAUUCAUUUACUCCAACAAAAAUUAAGUUGAUGAUCUAUUAGUAUCAAUCGGUCUCCUGGUGAAUCGAGAAAAGACAAGUCAAGAUUUUCUGCUUUUCUCUUGACACGUAGUCGUUUUCGUAUAUUUGAUGGUGGUGUAUCAUUUAGUAUGAAAGAUUUGGAGAUAACAUCAUAAUAUUUCGUUUUCGACGAUUGCUUCUUUCUGCAUUGAAUAAAAUGCGUCUCAUGGCGAGGAACUUUAAUUAGAAAAUGAAAGCGAAGAAAGAGGGUGAAAUUCUAUUUUCCGCUUUCUUGUUCUAUUUAUGGUUCUUAAUUAGCCCUUCAACGCCUGUUCUGCACAAAACGCCUCGAUUAACCAAUGAUACUCUUUCAGGUCAAAUAUGAAGUAUACAUUAUUAUUUUCCACUCACGUCACAAGACUGAGAAGACAGUAGGGCGAUGAAAACAUCAAACAUGUUUCCUAUCUUUUGAAAAAUGAAAACUAAUUAAUUUUUUUUUUCUUUAGAUCAUCUCAAAAUGAACACGUUUCUAUUCAACGCCGUUAUGGUCAUCCUCUUGAUAACAGAGCUUGGACAUAAUUUUCCUAUCAUUAAUCAGAAACUUCCGUCCACCUAUGAUGUUAAGGAAUGUCCCCCCGGAUUCUUGCCGUGCGUUUCACAAAACGGAGAGCACACUCCUGAUCAGGUCGGGGUGACUCCUUCGGGUGCAUUAGCCACCAUAGCAACAAGCGCGAGCUCAGUCGAGGCGUCUACUCCGACAGCAUUACCCUCUAAUGCAACUGAACAACAAAAGACACCCAAGGCCCCUUCAGGAGGAAAUAUAACGGAAACAGGGGACUCAAAGACCAAGAGCUUGCAGAAUAGUGGCUUCGAAUGUCCCCCAGGAGUCUGGGUUUGUUGA